CUUGACUCACCUGUCGACUCUAAUGAGGAAGUGAAGCUGACAGUAUUUCCGCCAAUGGCAACUUUUAACGCCGCACUUGUCUUCAAAAGUGUGUGUGUGUGUUUAAUUCGGUAAAACCGCUGGUAUCUGCUUUUAACUCGUAAGCUUGGAGGCUAAAGGAAGACGGAUUAAAUCUCUCAGUGGAGGUGAAUGAAGUGAUCCAGACAGAAUGGAUGAAGCGUUAAACACAACUAACAGUACUUGGAGCAUGGAUUCAGACCGAAGCAUGAGCGAAUCAGCCUCCGAUUCUUCGCCACUGCUGUCCAACAUUUCUACCAGGUCCAACAUGACCGUGAUCAUAUCGGAGAACGGGACACUGAUGGAGGACGAGAUCUUCCUGAACACAGUUACGGCUCAGGUCCUCUCUGGGAUCUUUGUUUGGUCUGCGCUGCUCAUCACGUGUCACCAGAUCUACUCGCACCUGAGGUCAUACACAGUGCCAAACGAGCAGCGCUACAUCAUCCGCAUCCUCUUUAUUGUGCCCAUUUACGCCUUUGACUCGUGGCUCAGCCUCCUCUUCAUCAGCAAUGACCAGUACUACGUCUACUUCGACUCUAUCCGUGACUGCUACGAAGCUUUUGUAAUCUACAACUUCCUGAGCCUGUCCUUUGAGUAUCUCGGAGGUGAGAGUGCCAUCAUGGCCGAAAUACGAGGAAAACAGAUUCCGUCGAGCUGUAUGUACGGCACCUGCUGUCUGUCUGGAAUGAGUUACUCCAUCGGCUUCUUAAGAUUCUGCAAACAGGCCACGCUUCAGUUCUGCGUGGUGAAACCCAUCAUGGCCAUCAUCACCAUCUUCCUACAAGCUUUCGGCAAAUAUCACGACGGAGACUUCAACGUGAACGGAGGCUACCUCUAUAUCACGAUCAUCUACAACGUCUCAGUGAGUCUGGCCCUCUACGCCCUGUUCCUCUUCUACUCUGCUACCAGUGAUCUCCUGAGGCCCUUUGAGCCCGUGCUCAAGUUCCUGACCAUCAAAUCCGUCAUCUUCCUCUCCUUCUGGCAAGGCAUGAUCCUGGCCAUCCUGGAGCGCUGUGGCGUGAUCCCAAAAGCACUACUGAUAGACGGGCACGAGGUGGGCGCAGGGACGGUAGCAGCUGGCUGGCAGAAUUUCAUCACCUGCAUCGAAAUGUUCUUCGCCGCUAUCGCGCUUCGCUACGCCUUCACGUACGACGUGUACCAGGAGAAGAAGAACCAAGCACCAGAUAACGUGGCCCCCAUGCACAGCAUCUCCAGCGGACUGAAAGAGACCAUCAACCCCGGAGACAUGGUGCAGGACGCCAUCCAUAACUUCUCUCCAGCCUACCAGCAGUACACGCAGCAGUCCACGCAGGAGGUGGUGCAGCCGAGCCAGAACGGCAAGCAGGGCCCUGCCAUCGGCAAGAACCCCAAGAAGUCUGACAAACUCACACUGAUCGACACGGACGAUGAGUUCUAAAGCGUGUGUGUGUGUGUGUGUGUGUGUGUGUGUACAGGGGAAGGGGAACCAAAGAUGCACAGAACAGAAUCCAAACCCAGACUGAUAAAUUAUAAAAGACGUAACGUGUUUUUGUUGAAGGUUUACAUAAUCCCAGAUUAAAUAAAUCCAUUAUAUAGUAGACGGUAUGAACAUGACUCUAAGAAUUAACACACACGGCGUUCAUUCUACGGUCAAAGGAAAGUUUUGGGGUUUUUCUUUGGGCGAAGUCCUCGCACGUCGCAGCCGUUUCAUCACUUUGCUCACCCAUCGUUUUGCUGACAGAACGAUGCUGCUGGGAUCCCCAGUGACUCCUGGCUGUAUUACAGCAUGUCCUAAGCGUAAAGGAGGCGUUCGGAAAGCUCAUCCGGGCCGAGCCGACACUUCAGAGCGAAGCUUUUGAACUACUUUUUUUUUUUUUCUCUCUCUCUCGGCGGCCUUCAACUUCGGUCUCCUGACGACCAGAAACGUCUCUCAAAGAUGCCGUGGACACGGAGCACAGCACUUCAAACCGUUCACGUCGGCUCUUUUGAAACGCUUCCCGUCUCCCGCAGCAAGGACACAACCGACGGCUUAAGAACUUCCUUUUCGCUCAGCAUCUCUAAUCCUGUCUGAACAAAUCAGCAGUCUUACACUAUACAUGGAAGGAUGCUGUGUUUUUUUUUUUGUUUGUUUUGUUUGUUUGUUUGUUUUUUUUAAUUGUAAAUAAUUUGUAUGUAAUUUAGUUGCACAGGUGAUGGGAAUGUAAAGGUUAAUAUAAUGUUAGUGUAAAGAAAUACUAUAAUUAUUUCAUGUUAUUGUUUGAUGCUUAUACACUGGUUUGGCUUCACAUUUUUAAAUACUUUUUAAAAAUUAUUAUUAUUAUUAUUAUUUCUUUUUAUGUGCCGCAUUUAACAGACUCGUAAAUCAGUUCGGUUAAACAGGACGUGCAGUCGGUACGGUUCUUUAACGAGGUCUGUACAAAUUAUGAAGUUUAUGAAGCUAUAAAAUCGAUCAGUUCUUGUACACACUGUUCAUAAAGUAUUCGAAAUGCUUCCUGUCACCUUUUUGUUUGUUUUUUUUUCCCCGGGCUUAUACACGCGUGUUGAUGUAUACGUUAAAGCCUUUCAGUAAGUUAUGCUGCUGUUCACGUUGAUCGGUUCUGGAUUCGAAUAACUGACUUUUAACGCUCAUCGAUGAUGAAAUAAAAUAAAGUGAAGGAUCGUA